CUCUGGGGCCCGGCCGCCGCGGCUCUUUUGUUUCCCCGUCGGAGUCCAAGCCGGAGCUCGGAUCCCAGCCGGAGUCGCAGCCGGGAAGGGAUUCGGAUCAGCAGCCGGGACUGCCAGCACGCCCCGAGCGGCCCGCGGGGCUGGAGGCGGACCCAACCUCCCCGAUGGGGCGCGCCCCCCGCCCGCCACCCCCGGCCGGAGCCGCCGCCUGAGCCGCCCGCCCGCGCCAUGGAGCCCGGCCGCGGCGGCCUGGAGGCCGUGGGCAAGUUCGAGUUCUCGCGCAAGGACCUGAUCGGGCACGGCGCCUUCGCCGUGGUCUUCAAGGGGCGCCACCGGGAGAAGCAUGACCUGGAGGUCGCGGUCAAAUGCAUUAACAAAAAGAACCUGGCCAAGUCCCAGACACUGCUGGGGAAGGAAAUCAAGAUCCUCAAGGAAUUGAAACAUGAAAACAUCGUGGCUUUGUAUGACUUCCAGGAGAUGGCCAAUUCUGUUUACCUGGUCAUGGAGUACUGUAACGGCGGGGACCUGGCCGACUACCUGCACAGCACUCUGCAGGCCUCCGGGGGAGGCCUGGGGACGGGGAGAGGGUGCAUCAGCGGCAGCACGUGCUGGCGGUGGCAUGGUGGCUCAGAGACCCAGCAGCAGAUGGGCCUGCGGGCCAUGCGGACGCUGAGCGAGGACACCAUCCGACUCUUCCUGCAGCAGAUCGCGGGCGCCAUGCGUCUGCUGCACAGCAAAGGCAUCAUUCACCGGGACCUGAAGCCCCAGAACAUCCUGCUGUCCAACCCUGGUGGGCGCCGCGCCAACCCUAACAACAUCCGCGUCAAGAUCGCCGACUUCGGGUUCGCUCGGUACCUGCAGAGCAACAUGAUGGCGGCCACGCUGUGCGGCUCCCCCAUGUACAUGGCCCCCGAGGUCAUCAUGUCCCAGCAUUACGACGGGAAGGCGGACCUGUGGAGCAUCGGCACCAUUGUGUACCAGUGCCUGACGGGGAAGGCGCCCUUCCAGGCCAGCAGCCCCCAGGACCUUCGCCUCUUCUACGAGAGGAACAAGACGCUGGUCCCCACCAUCCCCAGGGAGACGUCAGCCCCGCUGAGACAGCUGCUGCUUGCCCUGUUGCAGCGGAACCACAAGGACCGCAUGGACUUCGACGAGUUCUUCCAUCAUCCUUUCCUCGACGCCAGCGCCACUGUGAAGAAGUCCCCUCCCGUGCCUGUGCCCUCGUACCCGAGCUCGGGCUCUGGCAGCAGCUCCAGCAGCAGCUCCGCCUCGCACCUGGCCUCCCCGCCGUCCCUGGGAGAGAUGCAGCAGCAGCUGCAGAAGACGCUGACGUCCCCGGCCGACGGUGGCUUCCUGCAGGGCUCCCGUGGCUCUGGUGGCAGCAGCAAGGACUCGUCCUGCGACACGGACGACUUCGUCAUGGUUCCCGCCCAGUUUCCAGGUGACCUGGUGGCUGAGGUAGCUGGUGCCAAGCCUCCUCCGGACAGCCUCAUGUGUAGCGGGAGCUCACUGGUGGUUUCUGCUGGCCUGGAGAGCCGUGGCCGGACCCCAUCUCCUUCCCCGCCCUGCAGUAGCUCUCCCAGCCCCUCAGGCCGGACCGGCCCCUUCAGCAGCAGGUGCGGCGUGUCCGUCCCCAUCCCAGUCCCCACGCAGGUGCACAACUACCAGCGCAUUGAGCAGAACCUGCAGUCGCCUACCCAGUACCAGACCACACGGUCCUCCGCCAUCCGCAGGUCAGGCAGCACCAGCCCCCUGGGCUUUGCCCGCCCCAGUCCGUCCCCGCCGUCCUACGCUGAGCACGGCACCACCUUGGCCAGGAAGCUGUCCCUGGGAGGGGGCCGGCCCUAUACACCGUCUCCACAAGUUGGAAUCCUCCCCGAGCGGCCUGGCUGGAGCGGGGCACCCUCCCCGCAAGGAGCCGAGAUGCGGGGAGGCAGAUCCCCUCGUCCAGGCUCCUCUGCACCUGAGCACUCUGCGCAUGCCGCUGGGCUGGGCUGUCGCCUGCACAGCGCUCCCAACCUGUCCGACCUGCACGUCGUCCGCCCUAAGUUGCCCAAGCCCCCCACGGACCCCCUGGGGGUGGCAUUCGGCCACCCCCAGUCCAGCCCCCCACAGCCGGCCCACGGGCUACAAUCCUGCCGACCUCUGCGAGGCUCGCCCAAGCUGCCUGACUUCCUGCAGCGCAACCCCCUGCCCCCAAUCCUCGGCUCCCCCACCAAGGCCAUGCCUGCCUUCGACUUCCCCAAGACCCCCAGCUCCCAGAACUUGCUGGCCCUCCUGGCCCGGCAGGGUGUGGUCAUGACCCCGCCGCGGAACCGGACGCUGCCGGACCUCUCCGAGGCAGGACCGUUCCAGGGGCCACAGCUGGGCCCUGGCCUGCGGCCCGCCGACGACAAGAGCCCCUUUGGCAGGUCCCUCAGUACCGGCCGCCUCACUGAUCUGCUCCUUAAGGCUGCGUUUGGGACCCAGGCCCCUGACUCGGGGAGCACGGACAGCCUGCAGGAGAAGCCUAUGGAGAUCGCGCCCUCUGCUGGCCUCGGAGGGAACCUGCACCCGGGAGCGCGUGCUGGGGGGGCCAGCAGCCCGUCUCCCGUGGUGUUCACUGUGGGCUCACCCCCCAGCGGGACCACGCCACCCCAGGGUCCCCGUGCCAGGGUGUUCUCAGUGGGCUCCUCGAGCUCCCUUGGCUCUGCCGGCUCCUCCUCUGCCCGUCACCUGCCCCCCGGGGCCUGUGGGGAGGGUGCCCCGGACGCUCCAGCCCCUGGCCACUGCUGCGGCUUUGCCGACCCUGUCACCGCCAACCUGGAGGGGGCUGUGACCUUCGAGGCCCCCGAUCUCCCUGAGGAGACGCUGAUGGAGCAAGAGCACACGGAGAUCCUGCACAGCCUGCGGUUCACGCUGGUCUUUGUCCAGCACGUGCUGGAGAUCGCGGCCCUGAGAGGCAGCGCCAGCGACACAGCCGGGGGGUCUGAGUCGCAGCUGCAGGAGAGCGUGGUGGCCGACCAGAUCAGCCUGCUGAGCCGGGAGUGGGGCUUCGCGGAGCAGCUGGUGCUCUACCUGAAGGUGGCUGAGCUGCUGUCCUCGGGCCUGCAGACCGCCAUCGACCAGAUCCGGGCCGGCAAGCUGUGCCUGUCUUCCACCGUGAAGCAGGUGGUGCGGAAGCUGAACGAGCUGUACAAGGCGAGCGUGGUGUCCUGCCAAGGGCUCAGCCUGCGGCUGCGGCGCUUCUUCCUGGACAAGCAGCGGCUGCUGGACCGCAUCCAGAGCGUCACCGCCGAGAAGCUCAUCUUUAGCCACGCGGUGCAGACGGUGCAGUCGGCCGCCUUGGACGAGAUGUUCCACCGUCGGGAGGACUGCGUGCAGCGCUACCACAAGGCCCUGCUGCUCAUGGAGGGGCUGCAGCACAUCCUCAGCGACCAGGCGGACGUGGAGAACAUCGCCAAGUGCAAGCUGUGCAUCGAGCGGAGACUCUCGGCGUUGCUGAGCGGCCUCUGUGCCUGAUCUGCGGGGUGCCUGGCUCAUGGGGCCCCAGGGGCUGGAUCUCCUCUGCCAGUCCCCCAGGCUGAUGGGCGGCCGGCUGGCCAGGCUCAGUGGAACAAGCCUGCGGCCGUGGUGCUGCCUGCUGCUGCCUGGGAGAGGCCGGGGGGCUCCCGAGCCAAACGGCUGAACUCUGUUGUGGGGCAUUUGGGGCGCCCGAAUCUGGGCAAUCCCCCCACCGCCUCACCGGCGGGUUGGGCUCCCGGCCACCUUGAAGGCAGGUGGGCACAUGCAGCCGGUCCCCAACCCCAGCCAGACCCUGGGGCAGCCCUGAUGCCGGCUGCCAUGCUGAGGACAGGCGGAGACACUGAGGCAGCUCUGCCCAGGAAAAGGUGCGGCCGCCUGGUUCUCCUCCUUUCCCGCGACCACCCACCCAGCUUUGUGAAUCACGGAGCACUUUAUGCAGGCGCAGGGCUGCCUGCUGCGCUAGGAGGCGUGUGUACAUACUUAUAUACAUAUAUACAUAUAUAAAUAGCCACGCGAGCGUGUGUGCUGUCUGCCCGGACCUUCCCGGGGAGACACAGACAUCUUAUUUAAAUGUUCUUUUAGGGACGGACAGUAUGAAGCACCAAGCUUUCUGAACCCAGAACAGACGUUGAAGUCUAUUACACUUUACUCCUGAAACGUGUCUUAUUUUUCUGCAGCUCUUUUUUUUAACAAAAGAAGAAAAUUUGUAGAAGUUUAGGGUUUGUUUUGGAAGCGGGAGGCAGGAUGGGGUGGGUCCUCAGUGUCACGUGGAGGCCGGUGGUGGCUGAGAGGGCAGCCCUAUCCUUCCCCCCCCACCCUGCGCUGACCUGGAGGCGGUGGGUGGGAGAGGGGGAUGGUGUGCAAGGCCUCCCAUCAGCUUUCACAGAGGGUUUGAUGCCAAAGUCGUAUCCCACCCCCAGGCUGGGUCUUGGCUGCUCCGGGGGGCCGGCAGGGAGGCUCUGCCUCGCCCCCCUCAUUAUGUCCUGGAGAGGGCAGACGAAGCCUGCCUGGGUCCAGGCGCCCUGGGCGAGGGGUUUAAGGUCUUAUAUCAAGACACGGACAUCUGUGUGUUCCUUUCUCUGUAAUACUUGAAAUCUCGGAAGCAGCCCUGUGAGUCGUUCCCUCGCCGGCCUGUGGCUCUGUUCUUGCUGCCGGAACCCGUGCGUAUUUACUGCUUUACGGUCGGCUUGGACUCAGGCCACCAGGAGGCUGUGGCCACGGGAGGGAACGCAGGCAGCAGGCCGCCUCGCCGCCUGCCUCCCCGCGUGUGUGCUGUCGGCCUGUCCUGUUUCCACCACUCGGCACCCGACCCUUGGUCUACUUCAAAAGAGUUUCGUGUGAUUCCCCCACUCCCUCCAUUUGCAUUACAUUGUGUAAUACUGAUUGAAGGAAAUAAACCUUUGGAACUGAG